GCCCGGGCAGGGCCAGGAAGCAAGAUCGCCUGGGUUUCUCGCUGCCGGUGGGGGCAGGGGCCUGCGUCCGGGGACCGGGACGUCACUACUCUGUCAAACUUCCUCUGUCAGUCACACAGGAAGCUGAGCUGGACGAGGCCCAGCCCUAGCAAGCAGGGGGCCCGGGACCCCUGGGAGAAGGCCCAGCCAAGCCGGGCCAGCCCUGCGGGGACCAUGGGAACAACAGCUGAAGGGAGCCCCACUGCCGUGUUUGACUGGUUCUUCGAGGCAGCCCGCCCCAGCUCCCUACAGGAAGAUCCCCUCAUCCUGCGGCAGUUCCCCCCGGACUUCAGGGACCAGUCCUGUUCCUCUCAUCUCCAGGAGGCCAUGCAGAUGGUGCCCAAGUUCUGUUUCCCUUUUGAUGUGGAAAGGGAGCCCCCCAGCCCUGCGGUGCAGCAUUUCACCUUUGCCCUCACGGACCUGGUGGGCAACCGGAGAUUUGGCUUCUGCCGCCUGCGAGCCGGGGCCCGGAGCUGCCUCUGCAUCCUCAGCCACCUGCCGUGGUUUGAGGUGUUCUACAAGGUGCUGAACACCGUGGGGGACCUGCUAGCCCAGGACCAAGUCUCCGAGGCCGAGGAAACUCUCCUAAAUCUGCUGCAGCAGGACCCGCCCGGACCCCAGGCCACACCGCGGCUGGAGCUGGGCAGCGGCGCGGCCAUCUCCAGCGGGCAAGGAGCCCCGCCUGUGCCUGGGAAGAGCAGGCUGCUUCCCUGCUUUGUGGUGCCCGACUCUGGCUGCCUGCCAUCCAUUCCUGAGAAUAGAAACCUCACGGAGCUGGUGGUGGCCGUGACGGAUGAGAACCUCGUGGGCCUGUUCGCCGCGCUGCUGGCGGAGAGACGGGUGCUGCUGACGGCCAGCAAGCUCAGCACCCUGACCUCCUGCGUCCAUGCGUCCUGCGCCCUGCUGUACCCCAUGCGCUGGGAGCACGUGCUGAUUCCCACGCUGCCCCCGCACCUGCUGGAUUACUGCUGCGCGCCCAUGCCCUACCUCAUCGGAGUGCACGCGAGCCUUGCGGAGAAGGUGCGCGACAAAGCCCUGGAGGACGUCGUGGUGCUGAAUGUGGACUCUAACACCUUGGAGACGCCCUUCGAAGACGUGCGGGCGCUGCCCCCCGACGUGGUGUCCUUGCUGAGGCUACGGCUCAGGAAGGCCGCGCUGACCCCCGGGGAAGGGGUGUCCCGUCUCUUCCUCAAAGCCCAGGCCCUGCUCUUUGGGGGAUAUCGCGACGCGCUCGUCUAUAGCCCGGGCCUGCCCGCAACCUUCAGUGAGGAAUCCUUCCUGGCCCAGAAGCCUGGGGCGCCCCUGCAGGCCUUCCACCAGCGGGCCGUGCACCUGCAGUUGUUCAAACAGUUCAUUGAAGCUCGGCUGGAGAAGCUCAACUCAGGGGAGGGGUUCUCUGAUGAAUUCGAGCAAGAAAUCACCCGCUGCGGAGCCUCCUCAGGUACCCUCCGCUCCUACCAGCUCUGGGCAGACAACCUAAAGAAAGGUGGCGGGGCCCUCCUGCACUCGGUCAAAGCCAAAACGCAACCUGCUGUCAAGAACAUUUACCGCUCGGCUAGGAGCGGCUGGAAGGGCAUGCAGAGCUUGCUGGUGUACAAGGACGGGGACUCUGGCCUGCACAGGGGGGGCUCCCUGCGGGCCCCGGCCCUCACCAGCCGCUCAGAGCGCCUGCAGCAGCGUCUACCCAUAACCCGACACUUCGGACAGAACCGGCCCCUGCGCCCCAGUAAGAGACUGAGGCUGGAAGAGAUAACUUACAAGCCCCCAGGGGAGAGGUCACCCUCUCUGAGCCCUGAGGACACCCCCGGUUUGUGGCCAGAGGAAGCCCUGGACAGCAGCUUUUUGGGGUCUGGGGAGGAACUGGAUUUGUUAAGCGAGAUUCUAGACAGUCUGAGCAUAGAGACGAAGAGCACAAGCAGCCUGCGGCCCAGCCAGAGCUUAGACUGCUGUCACCAAGGCGACCCAGGGACCUGCUUCAGCCUGUUUGUCUUUCCCUCUACCCAGCCCCACAGGCCCGGAAGAACCAGCUGGCAACCAGAGGAUCAGACAGAGCUGGAGCCCCAGCCACGCUCCCUGCCUGGGGACUUGUCAACCCUGCACAACUGCCAGUCUCUGGACGCCACAAGCUACCCCCAAAACCCUACCGCCCAGACGCGCCCCAAGGCCAACCAAGUUCCAUCCCAGUUCUCAGCAACCGCUGCAGACCUGAGCACAGAAGGAAACCCCGAGGCCUCUCCUGCCAUCCCUCCCGGGAUCCAGCACCACCCAGGCUCCGGGCUUUCUGCAGAGCCCACUCAGCCCAGCCCUCCAGACAGCCCACAACUUCUUCUGGUCCCCCCAGAAUCCACCUCCGACACUACCUGGACAUCCCCAUCGCUUGAGUCUUCCCUGGACCCCAGUUCUCCAGAGGACCCCGGAGCCCAGCUUCCCGAGCUCCUGCUACCGCAUGCUGAGGAGCAGGGGAUCCCUGACACCUCUGUCUCCCACACCCGCGGCGGGCCAGAGCCCCAGGCUGCAAGGCGGCCCCGAGUUGCUGAUCUAAAGAAGUGCUUUGAGAGUUAAAGAGGUCAGGCUCUGGAAGAAGCCCUGGUCCCCUAAUAAAGCCACACAGAGCCCACA